AUGCGAUUCCGUUUGGGCGCCGCCUCUGGCGGGCUGCCACGGCCCCCGUUCUGCCACGCACUCUGGUGGGGGGGAUCUCGGGCUCUCUGCGUGGCGAAGCCAACGCGGCCGCUGCUGCAUUCACCCAACAGGGCCCCAGAGCUGCUGCACGUGGAGCUGCUGGUGCCGGAGGACACUUUUGCAGGCAGUAAUAAUAACAGGAAAACGUACAACGACGUCGACGGCGACGACGCGGAUGACUUUCUGGAGUUGGAAGAGAACGAAACGAGCAAGGAUGCCGCGGCGGAGACGAUCACGACGGUUGAUGCCUUUGCUCGGGCAAAGGUGGCAAAUUUUGUGAAGCGCAUGCCGCCCAGUGCGUCUGCGAGGUCGGCGCCUUGUGCCGCGAGUAACCUGCUGACGGAGGUGCGGGAGGUGCAGACCGCGGGCGACGAGGACGCGCUCUUCCACGCCAGGGUUCGUGUCCCGCUGCCUCCCGAGUACGGCGAGCGCUGGGGAGAGGGAUUGGCCCCGACCGAGAAGGAGGCGGAGCUGGUGGCCGCCAUGCACGCCGAGCGCGUCAUUGACGCCAUGGGGUUCCCGAUGUUUCAGCUCACGUCGAAGCAGAAGCGGCAUGCGGAGGCGGCCCGAAACGCGGGACGGUGGGCGCCAAUGCCCGGCGACGGCCUCCGCCCUCCCACUACACCCUCCCCGCCGCGACUGCAGCUGCUGCGCGAGGGCGCAACGAAGGCGGCGGAGCGGCGGCUGCAAAUUGACAAGCUGGUGUUCUCCAAUGUCACGGCGGGUUCCUUUACUCCCAUGAAGUUGACCUUGGCCUCCCCCUUCUUCCUUGACUACGGAAGCGUCUACCGUGUCAAGCAGUUUUUCGCGGCAUACAACUGCAAUAUUCAGCGCUAUUCGCGGGUGACACCGCUGCAUAAGUGCGUCGUUAAGGACAAGUCUCUGGCGGGUAGUGGGGAGGCGACAGCCUCUACGAGUGAUGCUGCUGAUGGUAAUAAUAAAAUGUUUGUUGCACAGAUAAAGCUGCCUAUUGAUGGGCGUUUUGGGGAUCGUGUUGCGUGUGGUAAAUCACCCACAAAGAAGGAGGCAAUUGCGCUUGCGUGUAUGCAUGCCGAGCUCAUUAUAGACGCGCUAGGACUUGCUUUGUACCCUUCUGACAGAGAGAAGCAAGAGACCCAUGCGGAGGAGUGCCGAAAGGUGAAUCGCUGGUGCAGCAGGCCCUUAGACUGCGAGUACCACUACGCAAAGUCCUCCCCACCGCCGCUGCAACUCGUCAAGGAAGGCCUACUGACGACUGCGGCCGAGGUGGACGCCGUGGCUACCGUGGAAUCCGUUCUCAUGAGUCAUGCCAAGGCCAUUGAGGGCUUUACGAACGUAACGGAGGUGCGGAAACUUGAGCCAGCCGCCCACCGUGACCUGUUGAAUUAUCUUGCACAACAUCGGAACGCUGCUAGCGGCGGGCGUGCCCCGUUUUUUGUGGAGUCCCUCGGUAUAAAGGACCACGAGGUUUAUCGGGCCACGGUAACCGUCCCAGUUCCCUUGCUGGCGGACAAAAAGGCACCCGCAGGGGCUGCGAACGUUCAGGAUAGUGGGCCCGCCGACUUAGCAUCCUUUGUGGCGAUUGGAAUUGGGACCUCGGAGAUGGAGGCCGAAACGGCCGCCUCAAUGCACGCUCUUAGCGUGCUCAAGCUACUUAACCGUCCGCUACUGGGGGACGCCGACGGCGGGGGGUUCCCACAACGCAACCUUCUCCGCGACACACCCAUUCCCGCACCCUACCGCUAUGUUGUGGGUCAUAUCGGCCGCAUCAUGGUGCCAGGACUCUCGCCGGCAAGGAGCAUUGGGGUUUCACCGUCGUCUGGACGGCAGCGUGGGAAUUCGGAGGAGAGUCGUGCCGCGCGGCUUCGCGGCGCGCGGGCGGAGUUGUCGAAGAGUGACUGGUCCUUGGAAGCCGACGCGGACGGAUACAUCAUUCUUAGCCCAAGCAUGAACGUUCAGGAGGGUAGAAAUUACGUGCACACGCUUCCCUCGGUGCGCCAGGCAGAUCGCUUUGCACUGGUCCGGUUGAGAGACUACAUGGAGCGUCACGGGAAGCGGCUGGAGGGCGCCGUGAAGAGCUCGAUGGUUGAAACCGACGAAGGACUGACGCUGUGGGUGAAGAAGGUCGUCCUUCCGGUGCCUGUGGAGUUUGGUCAAGUUGUGGCCCACGGGGAGGCUUACACAGAGGAGGAGGCGCUCGUGAUGUGCGCCGUGCACGCCGAGCUUCUUCUUGACGAGCUUGGAAUCGCGCUUUACGAUCUUAACCUUCUCCAGGGGAAGCACUGCGACGCUGCAGGGUUGCUGGGUCGUUGGGCGCCGCAUGAGACGCAAUCGGCGCGAAGGGCGGUACCUACGCCACCGCCGGUACGAAAGGAGCAUGUGGACUCGUGCCUGUGGGCGCGCCUCUCGAAGGAGGCAAGGAGGGAGGGCUCCGUGCUUCGUGGCGAAGCUCCGAGGCCUACGACGCCCACAAUUCAUCCUCCUGAUGGGAGUGGCAGGGCAACAAAUGGAAAAACUCCCACCUCCACGGCGGGAACUGGGCCAACAACGGCUCCCUCGUCUUCUUCCGGAAUAGCAGAUGACGCACUUUGCGACUUGGCAGGGUUAGUUUCUGUUCACCCCUCAGAGUUCUUCCGUCAUGCGCCGCGUUUGCUUGAAGUUUACUGCAGGCGCAGAGGCGUGGACAUUUACCGCUCUGUGCGACAGUACAACGUUUACAGUCCUCGCUACGGACUGGUGCAUCGAGCCAUUAUGGAGUUGCCCGUGCCGACACAAUUUGGCCGGCGCUACGCUGUGGGAUGUGCUGCGUCAAAGAAAGAAGCCCUUCUCUUGUGUUGCAUGCACGCCGUUUAUAUCCUCGGUGAACUCGGAGUGCCCAUUUACAUCGGGGCGAAGCAGGCGGAGUAUGCGGCCAUCGCAAAGUCAAAGGGACGUUAUGCCCCAAAGCCGGGCGACCCGUUGAGGCCUGGGGGCACAAAGUCACCACCUGGGUUAAAAAGUCUUCAAGACAUGCACACGGAGAAGCCGCAGGCGCCGAGCCCCCCGGCUCGUGCAGAGUGUCACAAGUCAUUUGUGUGGAGCAGUUACGUGACGGGGUGCCGGGGAUACAUACAGAAGGUGAAGGAGCACGUGGUCCUGGAGGCCCUUUUUACACAGGGGAAGGCGCCACGAAGUGGGGUGGCGAUCGAAGAUAACGGCCUCGACUUUGUCGAAACCCUGCCACUCUUCGCGAACGCCAAGUCCAAGUUGCCGCAGAAGUGUGCUGCUGCCAGACUACCGGCGCCGCCGCCCUUGUCAUUUCGCUUUGAAAUCUACGGACGCCACCCACAUCGGCGUUACUUUGUGGAGCAGCCGGUGCUUGGAACUCCGUUUGUGGCUCGUGGCAUGGGUGAGGAGGGGCAAGAGGCCGUCACACGGGCGGCAAUGCACUACGAAUAUAUUGUGGGGUUAGUCAGUGGGCCCCUGCAAGGGGGUGCAGAAACAGGGAACAUGUUGAGGAACCGGCAUGGGGACCUGUUCGAUCCCGCGCUUCGCGACUUCACGCCACGUGGGAAAUUGGCCAUCAUGGCGCUCUACACAACGCUGCGACACCCCUUUUUACCGCUGCGGCUGACGCUGAAGGAACGCAGUGGCUCGGGAGCCGGAGGUCAGUUGGUUUACGUCUCCCUCGUUGAGCUGGAGGAUGAGAGUGGGCUACGCAUGGCAGGAAAAGGGGAGGACCGCACCAAUGCGGGAGAGUCACGCAAUAGGGCAAUUGCCGAGCUCUAUAAACAGCUGCAGCGCAAGCCCACAUUUCAGGCGGUGGCUCAGUUGCUGCGGACUUACCCCGCACUCCGUACCGAGGCUGCUGCCCAGAUGCUCCUUGAGACAAAGGCUAUGGCGGGCCUUAGGUCCGUGCUGGCGGGGCGGGGGGAUUCACCACCACCACUGGAGCUGGAUGAAUGGGGCGGGGCAGCAACUCUGCUGCAGGCAGGCAAAGCCCAUUUGGGCUCUCCAGAGCUGCAACUGCUUUGCAACCUCGUGGAGCGUGCGCUCGGGUCUGCGUCGACACCGAUUCCACUCACUUUGCCUGCGGCGCCGCAACAUCUCUUGCGCACAAUGGGGCUCUUGAACACCCACGCAGCGGGUGAAGAAAUCAACGGGGAGCCUCAAGCAAAUGCGAUAGGAGUGGCUGUGGCAUUAUUGUCAUUAUGUUUGCCGCCGUUGUCACCUGUACUUGGGGGAGUUUCGCCGUUGCCGAGUGGUGGUGCGCUUCCAUUGCAGCUUGCCAAACUCCUCUUUGCAGGGUCAUUGUUGGACUCGUUGCAGUUGUGUGUUCGCGUGGCUGCCCUCGUGCUCUCCCACGCAGGCGUUGACAGUGACGGUUGCCGGGGUGGGGAUGUUGUGGAGCUUGUGCCGCUGGAACUUCCCCAACGCGCCAAGCGUCUUGCCACGGACAUCGCGGCACGACUCCAUGACCUCUCAAGUCAGUUGAAGAAGGUGGUGCCUUCGUCUUGCGCACUUGCAGCGCUACUGGACGCCUCUCGCGUGGUGGUGGGUGAUGCUUGGGGCCCCUUGCAGGAUAGAUGGACUACGACGGAGGAAGCGCGCCUGCGCCUUGCUGUCGCGUUCGCCAGUUUCCCAAGGGUGUUUGUUCAACGGAAACUGGCCCCCGACGGCGUGGUGCGCCUGAUAACUCUAGAGUCAAGGGAUCGUCAGAGAACGGCGCGCAUUGCUGUGCCACCCACCUUAGCAGCCCCCAGCAAUGUGCCUUCCGACGUCGCAUCUUCCGCGACGUCCUCUGCCUCUGCUCUCUCCUCCUCGUCAUCGUGCCACUCUUCCUUUCCGUGUUUCUGUGCCUUUGAUGGGGCCUCCGCGGGGGAAGGAGGGAAGCCGCCCCUCUUGGGGACCUUUGCCCCGCCGUGCGGGCUGUUGCUUGCGAGUGCUUCCUGCGGUGAGCCACGCGCGGUGGUCGUCGCUGAUGACGUGCCAAAUGUUGCGAUUGUGGACGGCUUUUUGCCAGUCGUGAUGCGGUCGGCGGAGUCACUCGCCGCCCUCGUGGAGUUGCGCCUCACGCUGCAGAGCUGCUGGGCCGCGCUGACGCCGCUACCGGCCUGCACGCAAAACAUUGUGGACAAACUGCUGCUGGAGAAGCACUCCUUGAGCCACGUUCUUCGGGCCGAGUUGUUGGACUGA